AUGAGCAGUGUAAUGUUAUUAUCCAUGUCUCUCUUACUUGAUCAACCAUUACUACCGUUUCUUUUGGUUUUAGUAGUGUUGUUCUACUUAAUACACCAAAUACUAUGUCAUCUCCGGCGAGUACUCACCGGAAAAGGAGGCGGCAGCAGUGGCGGUGGUGGCGGCAGCCCGCCGUGUUAUCCGGUAUUGGGGUGUUUGGUUUCAUUCUACAAAAAUAAGACUCGGUUGCUUGAUUGGUAUACUGAGCUUUUAGAAGGGUCACCAACAAAUACCAUAGUGGUUCAAAGGCUUGGUGCUCGGCGGACCAUAGUGACAGCCAACCCUGAAAAUGUUGAGUAUAUGUUAAGAGCCAACUUCAAUAAUUUCCCAAAAGGAAGACCCUUUACUGAAAUUCUUGGAGAUUUUCUUGGCUAUGGGAUAUUUAAUGUAGAUGGGGAGCUAUGGAAGACUCAAAGAAAGCUUGCAAGUCAUGAGUUUAGUACAAAGUCUUUACAAGAAUAUGUUAUGAACACUUUGGAGGAUGAGGUUGAGAAUUGUUUAUUGCCUUUGUUUGAAUCUUUGGCAGAGGAAAACAGAGGAGUUGUGGACUUACAAGAUUUGUUGAGACGUUUUGCUUUUAAUGUUAUAUGCAAAGUUUCACUUGGUAUUGAUAGGUGUAGUUUGGACCCUUGUGUUGUGCCAGUGUCACCACUUGCGCGCGCGUUUGAUGCUGCUUCUGAGAUAUGCGCACGCCGUGGUGCUGCGCCUUUGUUUAUAGUAUGGAAAAUUAAGAGAUGGUUUGGUGUUGGUUCGGAGAAGAAGUUGAAGGCUGCUGUUGAGGAAGUUCAUCAUUUUGUUAUGGAUAUAAUUCAUCAAAGGAAGAGCAAAAUCAACGGUGAAGAUGGUGGUGGUGAUGAUGAUGAUCAAGAUCUUUUGACUAGGCUUAUAAUGGCUGGACAUGAUGAGGAGGUGAUUAGAGAUAUGGUGAUAAGUUUCAUCAUGGCUGGGAGGGACACAACUUCGGCUGCAAUGACAUGGCUAUUUUGGUCACUUUCUUGUCACCCUGAAGCUGAGAAACAAGUGGUGAAAGAGAUUGAAACUAUUGGUAAUGAAGAAAGUAAUAAGUUGGGUUAUGAAUGUUUGAAGAAAUUAAAGAUGUUAGAGGCUUGUAUUUGUGAGUCCAUGAGGCUUUAUCCACCGGUACCUUGGGACUCAAAACAUGCCAUAAAAGAUGAUUUGUUGCCUGACAAAACUCAUGUGAAGGCAGGUGAUAGAGUGACUUAUUUCCCUUAUGGGAUGGGAAGAAUGGAAGCUUUAUGGGGAAAAGACAGGUUGGAGUUUAAACCAGACAGGUGGUUUCUUGAACCAAAGAAAGAAACAGGAGGGAAUCUCAAGAAGGUAUGCCCUUUUAAGUUUCCAGUCUUUCAUGCUGGUCCAAGAGUUUGUCUUGGUAAAGAAAUGGCAUUCAUUCAGAUGAAAUAUGUGGUGGCUUCAAUUCUCAGAAGAUUCAAGAUCAGACCGGUAACCGGUUCGACCAGACCGGUUUUUGUUCCGUUACUGACGGCUCACAUGGCCGGAGGAUUAAAGGUUUUGGUUAGGAAGAGAGACUGACUAAGAUUGGAAAGAAAGAAGGGAAAAAAAAUCUAAAAACAAAAAAAGCAUUAAAAUAGUAAGGUCAAUGGUUCUUUCUUUCUUUCUUUUUUGUUUAAAUUAAACCUUGUUGGAUGGCAUAACAUGCCACAUGCCUCUCUUUUUUUUUUUGGUUGUUGUAUAAUCAUCAAAAAUCAAUAGUUGAAAAAGAAAAGAAAAGAAACCAUUGUGUACGACCAACAAAU